CUGAAUGGGUCACACUGAUACACACACACACACACACACACGCACACCAGAGGAGCAUCUUCAGGUUCCAGCAUCCACGGGUAUUCUGCAACAGGCGCAUUAACCAUCGGCUGCAGGACAGAGGUUGUCAUGAGGGCGGUGUGUGUGAUCAUCUUGGCCUCUCUGACGGUCCUCCAGUGUCAGGAUCUGCCGGGCGAGAGCGACCCGUCUCUGGAUGAACUCUUCCAGCGCGCCGAGACUCUCCUCAUCCGCUCCAUCCUCACUCAGAUGGAGGACGAGAACAACGACAACGCAGAGCAGCUCGAGUCCCCGACAGACUGGAUGGAGAAGAGGCAACACCCGGGAAAGCGGCAGCAUCCCGGCAAGCGCGAGGACUACGCGGACUACGAAGACGACGCUCCGGUGUUCCAGAAGAGACAGCACCCCGGCAAGCGCGAGGACGAGGACAGCGCGAGGCUGAGACGACAGCAUCCCGGGAAAAGACUAUCCCUAAACGAGCCGAUGAUCCUGGAGGAACCGAGCGUGCAGACCGAGCUCUCCAAGCGACAGCAUCCCGGGAAACGGUACCUGAUGCUGCUCCACAAGCGCCAGCAUCCCGGCCGGCGCGAGCUGCAGCCCGACGGAGACUUACCGGAGCUGGAGAAGCGUCAGCAUCCCGGGAAGAGACUGUGUGAGGACUGGGAUGAGCCGGGAUGCGGGCACGCUAGUAUUCUACUCGAGCUUCUGGAUAACGCCAACAAAAGUCGCGCCGAGGAGAAGCGACAGCAUCCCGGGAAACGCCUCGAGUUAGAGGCCGAUCUGACGGAACAAGAGUAGUGUGAAGAAGACAUGCUGAAAACGGAUGAAUAAGUGUGUGUGUGCGUUGCUUUCCACAGCAUCCGAAUUAUGGAAACGCGCCAUGUGUUUUAUUGCGUUUCUCAUUCAGCCCGAUCAUGAAUGUGCGAAUCUGAAGCACGAGUUGUAUGUGUGCAAAAAGAGUUUUUACGUGCAUAUGAUACGCACUGUUGGGGAGGGUUAGUGUAUCAGAGAUAGCCUACACGCGAAAACUUCGUAUCAUAUGCACUUUUUUUUUUUUUUUGCGUAUAAACUGCACGAUAAAUACAAUCCGUGCUAUAGAUACACACUUUCAUGAGAUCGGACUGGUUAAAACGGAUGAAUAGCCUAAGUGUGUGUGCGUUGCUUUCCAUCGCAUCCGAUUCAUGGAAAAUGCAUCAUGUUUUACCGCGUUUCUCAUUUUGUUGAAGUAAAGGGUGUUUUCGAAAAUCUCCUUUAACUGCGUCCUGGUGCCUCGUUGUUCGUUUCUUCCCCGGUGUGCGCGCGACACCUUCAGUUACACUUUGUUUUUGGCCGAGCUAGAUCCCCAUUGUUCUUGCACUAGGUCUAUUUUGAGAAUUAUUUCCGUAAUGCAUGUGAUCAGAAAACUCCUCCAAAGACAUUCCAGUGUAAAUCUCAUUUACUUUGGGUCGCAAAACAAUGAAACGGGUUACCGAAAUAUUUUUCUACCGUAUAGGCUAUAGCUUAGUUCUUGCAUGACCUGACCUGUACAUUUUCAUGAUUUAGCCUAUUUUUGUUCUAUAUUGAUAAAGAGCAUAUAAAUGACAAUGAUGUUGUACAAUAAAAUGCUUUCGAAUUG